UCUGCCACUCUCUCUCUCUCGUCUCCUCCUCCUCUUCGCUUCGGAACUUACAAAGAUUUGAUUUUUUUUAUACAGACAAACAAACACAACUUCGAAUUCUAAACUCCCAACUGAGAUAAAGAGACAGAAGAUCGUCGAUUCUCUGUAAUCCAACAAAGAUUUGUUCAACACAAUGGCGAAUGCAUCAUCAGGGUUCUUCACUCCUCCUUCAGUUUCUUCUUCCAAGCGAGGCAGAACCACCCACCUCCCCGUUAGACUUUCUGGAUCAGCGUUUUGCGUCUCUAAAAGGAUUCUCUGCUGCUCAAGCCUCCAUAACCAUCCUUCUCCUUCUCCUCCUUCUCAGUAUCGUCCACCCAGGAUAGUGCCAAGUGGCUGCAAACUGAUCGGAUCCGGCUCAGCAGUCCCUAGUCUUCUCAUUUCUAAUGAUGAUCUCGCCAAGAUAGUCGAUACUAAUGAUGAAUGGAUUGCUUCUCGUACCAGUAUUCGCAACCGUCGAGUUGUGUCAGGCAAAGAUAGCUUGGUUGGUUUAGCAGUAGAAGCAGCUACCAAAGCCCUUGAAAUGGCAGAGGUUCUUCCUCAAGAUGUUGACUUAGUCUUGAUGUGUACUUCCACUCCUGAUGAUCUCUUCGGUGCUGCUCCACAGAUUCAGAAGGCACUUGGUUGCACUAAGAACCCCUUGGCGUAUGAUAUCACAGCUGCUUGUAGUGGAUUUGUUUUGGGACUUGUCUCAGCUGCUUGUCAUAUAAGAGGAGGUGGUUUUAAGAAUGUUUUAGUGAUUGGAGCUGAUUCUUUAUCUCGGUUUGUUGAUUGGACCGAUAGAGGAUCUUGCAUCCUCUUUGGGGACGCCGCUGCUGCUGUGGUUGUUCAGGCUUGUGAUAUUGAGGAUGAUGGGUUAUUUAGUUUCGAUGUACACAGCGAUGGUGAUGGUCGUAGACAUUUGAAUGCUUCUAUUAAAGACUCCCAAACCAAUGGUGCUUUGAGCUCCGACGGAUCUGUGUUGGCAGACUUUCCACCGAAACAAGCUUCAUAUUCUUGCAUUCAGAUGAAUGGAAAAGAAGUAUUCCGAUUUGCUGUCAAAAGCGUUCCCCAAUCUAUUGAGUCUGCUUUACAAAAAGCUGGUCUUCCUGCUUCUUCCAUUGAUUGGCUCCUCCUUCACCAGGCAAACCAGAGAAUAAUAGACUCUGUGGCUACAAGGCUUCAGUUUCCACCGGAACGAGUCAUAUCAAACUUGGCUAAUUACGGUAACACAAGCGCUGCUUCGAUUCCUCUAGCUCUUGAUGAGGCGGUGAGAAGCGGAAAAGUUAAACCGGGACAUACCAUAGCUGCUUCCGGUUUUGGAGCCGGUUUAACUUGGGGUUCAGCAAUUAUCAGGUGGAGAUGAAUGGCUAAAUUCCACAUGUAUGUUUUACUGCAGAGCCAAAGUUUUUUUUUUAUGUUCUCUCUUCACUAAGUAGAGGAAGCACUGGAAAAUUGGUCUAACCGGUCUGGUUUAGUCCGGUAAACUAGAAGGUAAACCGCAUUUUGUCUGAUUUCCUUUUUCACUUUUAACUUGAGGUUUCAUAGUUUCUUUGUUACUCUGUUAAUCAUUUAAAAGAAAAUAGCUCUUUUCAUCGUUCUUGUUUGUAAUGUUAAGACAACAUUUCUCUAUUUUCUUAAUAUUUUAAUGUUUUUUUUUAUU